AUGGACUCAGCCGUGGAGAAGAAGCGUCUAGAUAAGCUUGCCCGCGUUAGGGAGAACCAGCGCAAAUCAAGAGCGCGGAAACAGGACCACCUCCAGGAUCUGGAACGGAAGGUCCUUAGCCUCCAACGAGAGCUCGACCGGAGGGAUGUCGAAAACAGGCUAGCUGUCCAAAGACUAGAGGCCGAGAAUCGAAAACUAAGAGAUCUGCACCUGUUCCUGGGGGUUCCACCUGAUGCCCUCGAGGAGUAUUUGCGGAUCGUUGACGACCCGGUCAUGGCCCAGAAGGUUGCGAUUCCGGCACUUCAACGACCCCAAGGAUCCCAAAUGCAGCCUGAGAAGGUCAAAUGGACGCAGCCUGAGCCGAAUCCCAGGACCGACACUCCGUUAGGCCACGAGUCUGUGGUCGGUACAUGCCAGCCCAGCACGAGUGAACCUCGAUGUAGACAACCCAGAGCAACGCCGCUUCCUCCUUUCUGUGCAUGCUCAGCCGACGAGGGGCCGGAGUCUCUGCCGAUCAGCGAGCGAGUCCUCAACACGACUUUCUGCGCCAUUGCCGAGAAACUGGUGAACCAGUACAACGCUCGCGGCGUCGACGUCUCGGAAAUCCAGGCGAAGCUCCGCAAAGGCUUCUUCCGCAGCAGCUCCGAAGAAGGAUGCCGAGUCCAGAACCAGAACGCGCAUCACGCCCACUUCUGUCGUCUAGCGACCCAUUUGACCACGUACACCAACCCCAGCAAUACCGGGACCUCAAUCAGCGGACCAACCGUCGCAGCUAAGGCCUGGUCACUAUCUACCCCAAACGCCGCGAUCGCCACCGCAAUCGCCAGCUCAAAGUUAUUGCUCGCGGCCGUAAAGCUCUGCGUGCAGGACAGCUUAUACCCGAAUCCGAACCGCCUCGUCACCGCAAGCGUCACCAGGAAAAUAACCGCGAAGUAG